ACACAAACGCCUUUUCAUUUCGGAGAGACAAACGAUACUCCCUCUCUCUCUCUCUCUUUCUCUCGUUCUUUCUUUCUCUCAAAUUUCUAUCCGAAAACCCUCAUAAGGCAACUUCAUAGCUCUCUCUUCUGUCCCUGCGAGAUCAGAUUGUGUUGGCCAUCUAAGUUCCGACGCCAACAAUUCUGCUCGAAUUUAAUUAUUUUGGGUUCGACUGUGAGGGAGAAAUAGGCAGAUAUAAAGUAUCACGAUGACUAUCAGAACGCCUGCAACUCCAGCUUCUAAAAUAGAGAGGACGCCAGCGUCAACACCUGGAGGACCUCGAUCUAAGGAAGAAAAGAUCGUUGUUACUGUGCGGUUAAGGCCUCUGAGUAAAAAGGAGCAGCAAGCGAAGGAUCAAAUGGCAUGGGAGUGCAUUGAUGAUAAUACGAUUGUGUACAAAUCUCAGCCUCAGGAACGUCAAACUCAACCGGCCUCGUUCACAUUUGAUAAAGUUUUCAGUCCCGCUUCUUUGACUGAAGCAGUAUAUGAGGAAGGAGUAAAGAAUGUUGCCUUAUCUGCUCUAAUGGGCAUCAACGCCACCAUAUUCGCUUAUGGGCAAACUAGUAGUGGAAAGACAUUUACAAUGAGGGGGAUAACUGAGAAAGCUGUUAAUGAUAUCUACAAACAUAUUAGUAAUACACCCGAGAGAGAUUUUACAAUAAGAAUUUCAGGACUUGAAAUAUACAAUGAGAACGUCAGGGAUCUAUUGAAUACAGAAUCAGGUCGGAAUCUAAAGCUUCAUGAUGACCCAGAGAAAGGUACAAUGGUUGAGAAACUAGUAGAGGAAACCGCGAAUAAUGAUCAACAUUUAAGACAAUUGAUUAGCAUCUGUGAGGCUCAAAGACAAGUUGGUGAAACUGCCUUGAAUGACUAUAGCUCUCGGUCACACCAGAUAAUAAGGCUGACAAUUCAAAGUACCCUACGAGAAAAUUCAGAUUGUGUUAGGUCUUUUGUAGCAAGCUUGAAUUUUGUUGAUUUAGCUGGAAGUGAGAGAGCUUCACAAACACAUGCUGAUGGUGCUAGGCUAAGAGAAGGCUGUCAUAUUAACCUUAGUUUGAUGACGCUCACAACUGUGAUCAGAAAGCUAAGUCUUGGAAAGAGAAGUGGCCAUAUACCUUAUAGAGACUCAAAACUCACCCGCAUAUUGCAGCAUUCGCUUGGUGGAAAUGCACGAACCGCCAUUAUAUGCACAUUGAGUCCAGCAUUGACUCAUGUUGAACAAUCUCGGAAUACUUUGUACUUUGCCACCCGGGCAAAGGAAGUGACUAAUAACGCCCAAGUUAAUAUGGUUGUGUCGGACAAACAAUUGGUCAAACAUUUACAGAAGGAAGUUGCCAGGCUAGAAGCAGAACUGCGCACUCCUGAUCCAAAACGGGAGAAAGAUCUAAAAAUCCAACAGAUGGAAAUGGAGAUUGAAGAAUUAAAACGAGAAAGAGACCUUGCCCAAUCCCAGGUUGAUGAGCUCCGCAGAAAACUUGAGGAGGACCAGCAGGGUUUUAACCCAAUUGAAUCUACCCGUCCUCCAGUGAAGAAGUGUUUGUCCUUUACUGGUGCAUUGUCUCAGAGACUCGACAGCAAGGACCUUGGCCGUGGUAUGAUAUUAAGGCAGUCAAUGAUGAGACAAUCAUCUACUGCUCCUUUCACACUUAUGCAUGAAAUUCGUAAGCUGGAACAUCUCCAGGAGCAGCUAGGGGAGGAAGCUAAUAGAGCCCUCGAAGUAUUGCAAAAGGAGGUGGCUUGUCACAGACUGGGGAACCAAGAUGCCGCAGAAACAAUUGCCAAACUACAAGCUGAAAUAAGAGAAAUGAGAUCAGUCCGUUCAGAGCCCAAAGAGGUUGAGGUUGGGAGUGUUAUUGCUACUAACCAGAGUGUAGGUGCUAAUCUUAAGGAAGAGAUAACACGGCUUCAUUCUCAAGGUAGCACCAUUGCCAAUUUAGAAGAGCAGCUUGAAAAUGUUCAGAAGUCUAUUGACAAGUUGGUAAUGUCUCUGCCAAGUAAUUAUCAGCAGUUCAUGAGCAGUGAAUCAACUCCCAAACAAAAAAGUUCCACAAAAAAGAAGAAAUUGCUUCCUUUGGCCUCAAGUAAUAUUACCAACCGGCAAAACUUUUUAAGAUCUCCAUGCUCACCUUCAACAACUUCCCAACAAGUACUGGAGUCCGAUAUUGAAAAUAGAGCUCCUGAGAAUGAUGAUGUCAUCUCAUCUGAGAUUUUGCGCGAGUCUGAGAAAGAGACCCCAACAAAGAGUGAAGAAGGUGGAGAUGUCUCAUCAAAAGAGAGCACUCCUUGUUAUCGAAGAUCAAGUUCUGUAAACAUGAAGAAAAUGCAAAAGAUGUUCCAAAAUGCAGCAGAAGAAAACGUAAGAAGCAUAAGAGCAUAUGUGACAGAAUUGAAAGAACGUGUGGCCAAACUUCAGUAUCAAAAACAGCUACUUGUUUGUCAGGUCCUUGAGCUGGAAGCAAAUGAAGCAGCUGGCAACAAAUUAGAUUGUGAUGAAAACACAUUUGACCAGGAUGACGAUCAAGUUCCGUGGCAUUUAACUUUCAGGGAGCAAAGGCAGCAGAUUAUUGAGUUAUGGGAUGCUUGCUAUGUUUCCAUUAUUCACAGGUCUCAGUUCUACUUGUUAUUCAAGGGCGACGAGGCUGAUCAGAUUUACCUGGAAGUAGAGAUGAGGCGAUUAACAUGGUUGCACGAUCACCUAGCGGAAUUUGGCAAUGCUAGUCCAGCUCACGUUGGAGAUGAGCCAACAAUCUCUCGCUCGUCAAGCAUGAGAGCGUUGAGACGUGAAAGAGAGUUUCUUGCAAAGAGAUUAACUACACGUUUGACAGCAGAAGAAAGAGAUGCGUUGUACAUUAAAUGGGAAGUACCGCUUGAAGGGAAACAAAGGAAAAUCCAAUUUGUAAACAAGCUCUGGACGAAUCCUCACGACCCCAAGCAUAUUCAGGACAGUGCAGAGAUAGUGGCAAAGCUUGUUGGGUUUCGUGAAGGAGGCAACAUGUCCAGGGAGAUGUUUGAACUCAAUUUUGUUGUUCCUUCCGACAAAAGACCAUGGAUCAUGGGAUGGAACCCAAUUUCAAACCUUCUUAAUUUGUAAGAAAAUAGAUUUUUUUGUAAGUACCUUACCUUCUUUUUGUAUAUCUUGUAUUGUGUCUGAUUGGACACAACAAAAGAUUGAUCUUUUCGUAUCAUUACUUUCAAUCUGAAUAAAAGAAUUUAAUUCAUUUCUCCUUCUUGAUUA